GGGCGCGCCGUGUGCGCGGCCGCCCGAGAAGCAUGGCCGCGUUCGGGCCCCGGCUGCUCGGGCGAGCCGCGGCCAGGCCGCUGGGCUGCGCCGGCGCGCUGGUGGGCUGGCAGGGUGGCCUGGGCAGACCGCGAGAGGACGACGACCGGCCUCCCCACCGAG